GUCAACGGUUGUCAUUGUUCCAAUCGCAGGAUGAUGAACUAAAUCGGAAGUUCUACAGUCGCGCAGGGCUUUUAAGACGUGUCUGCUGAGGUGCAAAUGGGCGUGUUUUAACCUGUCAACUGUAAUACCAUACCGAAACAUCAAACUCCUACGUCAGCCAACCAACUCCUGUAUCAUCUCUUUGUGAGCUGGGGCUUUGUCCACUUGCCAAUGCUUGGAGAUUACGCAACACCAAAUCCACGUCCUCUUCAACGCACGGCCUGCCACGAACACAUCCAGUCCAUCGACAACCCAACAAUAGAUCCUAAAGCGCACCACUUGUCCCGCGCAUUCUUCCACGAUCGCCUAGAACCAAGGGUUCCUGCAGCCCCAGUCAGACGCCAUGUGUAUCCCGAUCAUCUUCACUUGCGGUGAACAGACCUUCCGCAAGGACGUACCAGGAUAUGAGGGCCUUGUCUGCCAGUGUUACAAUUGCGGCAACUACUCAGCAAGCGUCAUCAAAUCGCAUCCAUGGUUUACCUUCUGCUUCAUUCCCGUGAUCCCGCUCUCCAUGAAGGGCUACGAAGAUAUCAAGUGCAGAAUCUGCAACUUUGAACAGCCAUUAGAACAGCGAGGGGAUGUGCAGGCGCUCCGCGGGCAAGGAGGUCCGGGAGUGCACAUGCAGCCGCCGGGACCGCGGCCGGGCGGUGUGCCAGGGAUGCCGAAACCGAACGAGCCGAUGAGAUAUCGAUAAGUGGUAGAAGAAGGAUCGAAGAGGGGGCUUAUUAUGGUGGAAUUCAGCUGGCUCAUGAGAAGAGGAUGGGUGUUUACGAGGGUUAAUUAAUCGUUGGGCGUAUGGAACGGCACGGCGUCAGGGGCGUAGGGGGCUGAUUUAGUACUGGUUUCAGUUCCGGCCAUGGAAGGGCCACAGAAGGCCGCUUCUUUGCUAACUAUGGCCACUUGCUUUUCUGGUUUCGAUGCACAUAUGUUCGCGAUGGGAGUCUCAUAGUACGUGACGUGACGAUAUCACUAGGAUAGCUUUUGCCUGGUUCUUUGGAAUGGGUCAGAAAGGAGUUACUCCGAAGUAUAUGAGCUACUAGCACUUUAGUAUUUUCUCAGCAGAAGAUGCAGAGUCUCGUCGCUUUGUCGAGGCCGCUUCCUUCCACUUUAUUCACAGUUGGUGGUGUGUUGUGUGGGGCGCAGGUGUGCAGCAGCUAGAAUGAC